AUGCUGCUUAUUCAGACAUCCAUCGGCACCGGUUACGAUCUUUCCAACUCGGUGUUCUCGCCGGACGGUCGGAACUUCCAGGUUGAAUAUGCUGUUAAGGCUGUCGAGAACGGCGGGACAUCCGUCGGCAUCAGGUGCAAGGAUGGUGUUGUUCUGGCCGUCGAGAAAAUUAUCACCAGCAAGCUUCUGAAGCCUGGUGCGAAUAAACGAAUAUCUACUGUCGAUCGCCAUGUUGGUAUUGUGUCUUCCGGGUUAGCCCCCGAUGGCCGUCAUUUUGUUUCCCGUGCUCGCGAUGAAGCGUCGUCAUGGCGAGGAAUAUACAAGGGUCCUAUUCCGGUUUCGGCUCUAGCUAACCGUCUUGGUGGCUACGUGCAAGCCUACACAUUGUACUCAAGUGUACGGCCAUUCGGAGUGACAUCAAUUAUGGGGGGCUGGGACUCUGAAGCUGAGCUCGCUGUGGAUGGCCAAGGAUAUUAUGGAGCUGCGACGGGUAAGGGGAGGCAGGCGGCCAAAGCCGAACUCGAAAAGCUAGACCUGGCAUCGGAGAAACUCAGUCUGCAUGACGCUGUGAAAGAAGCGGCUAGGAUUAUCUACGUCGCCCAUGAAGACAACAAGGACAAGGAAUUUGAGCUCGAGAUGAGCUGGAUUAGCUCACUAGACGGUCCUACACAAGGCAGACAUGAAGAGGUGCCCAAAGAAUUACUGGAAGAGGCAGAACGAGCCGCUAAGCGAGCACUUGAAGGGGACGACGAGGAAGAAGACGAGGGAGCGAAAGGAACCGGUAAUGUCGGCGAGCGAAUGGAAGAGUGA